AUGUAUGGAUAUCCAGUUGAACUAGAUUGUUUACGCAAGAAUAUUUGUGACCAUAAUGAGAUUAUUCAAAUGAGAUUAAAAUCUUUAUCAGCAAGUGCAGACGAGCUUAUUAAAGUUAUUUUAGAAGUAAUCAAAAAGGAAGUUAAUAUAAAGUUGGAGCAGAUGGCUGCCGCGAAGGAGCUUAAACAAACACUUAAAGCCAAUAAAUACAUACACAAGGUUGACAAUGUAUUGCCAGAUGUUGAUUACACAUACCGUUGUGGAUGCUCUUAUUGUGUUAGUGAAAGGAACCCAAUUUACACAGUUGUUUUUGAAUUUUUUGAGGGAUUUGAAAAAAUAGAAAUAGAAGUCCAAGAGAAGUCUAAGUUAAAUCUAGGUCAGACGAAAGGAUGCUGCUUCCAAUCAUUUGACAUGGUCGGGCAAGGAAGACAGGUAAGUGGGUGGUUAGUGAUUUCCAGAGAGGAGUGCGCGAUGAUUAUCAAACGUCGAUGGGGACAGUCCAAAGUGUUUUAUCUGUGUACCUUCCCAUACUGCCCAUUUAUGUGGGCACUGAGCACGGUUGUGGAGGGUGUACUGACAAGACAAGGAGUUAAGUAUAGCACUAUACCACAUGUUUCAGGAGGUGCGAUGGAUUGGAAAGGCCCAAAAGGAACACCAUUGUUUAGCUUGCAAAGGGAGGGGUACAAGAGGUUAUCGGGUGUGGCCCCGGAAUCCAUCCCGAAAUCGACUGGUUGUAAAGUCGGUCAAGUGCUUACAUCCAGUUUGAAGGCCUCCGACGAAUGGCUUCUGCAACUCGGGGUGGUCAUUAGAAUGCAAUGUAGCGGGCCAAAGAAAAAUGUGAGCUCAGUGGUUGUGCUUUCUAUGUCCCUAAACAACUUACCUAUCAGAUAUGACGAGAUAGGUCGUUCGACUUGCGUUUGGGGGCAGAUAUAUUGCCGGUCUUGUAAGGCGAGUGUUCCCAAAGGACUUGUGCGGGUCAAGAAAGCGCUUUAUCCAAUGGCGCCACUACGGCUAAGAAAAAUGCUAUGGCGUGAAAUCUUUUUACAGUUAUCAAUGGCAAAACUCUAUACCAGCUAA